UAUAGGGAUAGUGACGACUCUUAAAUAAAGUACAGAAUGAAUACUUCAAAUUAUUUCUUAUGAUUAUUUAUUUUUUGAACAUAAAUACAAUGAAAUUUGCAUUAAAAUAUAGCGAGUGAAUUUAUUUAGUGACAAGCUAAUACAAUAAUUAAAUUCCAAUUUUAAAUAUUAGAAAGUACAAUGGUGACUCUUACUAUCCAAGAUCUUUUACCCUAUAACACAAAUAAACCUAAUAAGAAAGUGGAUAUGGAUGCAAUAUUACCUUUUUUAAUAUUGCCACUUUUGCUGUUAGUAGCCACGAUAUCCCGUGCAAUUACUAUAAUAGUCAUGGUAGUCAUAGGAAUGGGUGCAUUGUACGUAUUAUCCAGACCACGUCAGAAGAACAGAUCACCAUUUUUUUACUCAUGGACAUUAUCUUCAGCUUUAUAUAUGUUUUUAAUAUUUGAAAUUGGAAUAUUGGGACUAUUGGAAAUAACACAACUAGAGAACUUCAUAUUUCUACUAUUGCUAACAUGUACAUGCUAUUUCUUUUAUAAAAUGAAAGCAGUUGCUGACUUUGAACUAGCUACUGGAUCUUCAAAAGGAAAAGAAUACAGCCCUGUCCUCACAUCAGAUUCUCACUACUGCCAGAUAUGUCAAAUUGAGGUAAAUGAACGGUUCUUUCACUCAAUAUGGUGGGACUGCUGUGUACUUAAACCUAAUUAUGGCUAUUUCCUAGUUGGACAGCUGCUAGCAUUUGCAACACUUUUGUUUGGAACCAACUUAGGUCUGACAAGUGUUUGUCAACCUUUUAUAUUAUAUGGUACUAUAUUAAUGCCAGAAGAUUGUGACGAUGUAUAUUAUGAAUUCAAUAUGGCGCUUUGCUUUGUUACCUGUGUGUACGGUGUGGGAUAUCUAUUUGUUAUAUUUCUAGUGCUACUUCAUCAAUUAUUGAUAUACAUUCCAAAAUAUAGUGAACCACAAUGGAGAAAACUCAUUAAUGUUUUCAAUGUAUAAUAAAUAUAAUGAACUUAUUUAAAUAUUAAUUUUAAUAAGAGUAGUUUACUGAGGGGUAAUUAUUAUGAAAUAGAUACUAUAAAUCAAUUAAAGAUAAAUUUGAAUCUUUGUAAUAUAUUCUGUACAUAUUCACUAUUUUAUUUUUAUUAAAUUGUUUAUAUUUUAUUAUAUACAAGAUAAUGUUUUUAAUACUAUAAAAAUGAAUUAUUUUUUAUUAAAAAUAAGUAAUUUAUAUUGUAAUACCAUUUGUCUUCUCUGUAAAUAUAAAAUGUAUUGAUAAUUGUGUAUCUGUAAUUCUUAUCGAACUAUAGAUAAAUACCAAGUAGUAAACAUUUUUGUUAUUUCUAGUCAUUUUCGUGGGAUUGUUAAGCGAUUAACCCAGGGAGCAGGGCUGUUACUCCUUGUAUUAAUCGCCUUAGUUUUGGAAAAUACACUAUUUAUUCAUUAUAAGUAUUAUAUAACGUAAAGUGAAACUGUUUUAAUUAUUACCUAAUUAAUUGUUAUUAUUUGUUCACUGUUCUUGUGUUUUUAUUGCUCUUUGCAAAACUUAUUAAAAAAAAUAGUUUUUUAUAUAAAAUACAUAAUAGCAUGGGGUUCUUCGAAAGGAAUGUAAAGAGGUUUCUUCAGGGUCAUCAACGCGCGUGUAAUACCCCUGGUAUUGCAGGUGUUCAUAGGCUACUGUAACCAAUUACCAUCAGGUGGGCCGUAUCAGUGCCUGCCAUCUCAGUGUUAUAAAAAAAUAAAAGCUUAACAUUGUGGACGCGGUUUGUCUUUAAAAUAAUAAAUCACGAUAGCUCCGAAAAAUUUAUAGCAAUUUAUUACAAAGUUCUCUAUAAUGACAUAAAAUCCAAAUUCCUUUUUACCCAAGUGAAAAACGUUGGAUUAUAUUAACAGUUUUGUUAUAUUAAAGAAAUAGGAAAUCGCGUUUACUACUAUUUGUACAAAUAAACAAAUCUUUUUUCUAUGUUGUACAAAAAAGUUUUGCAGUCAUUUUAUAAAAUAUACUGAUAUAUUUUUUAUGAUACUUAAAAUAGAAAACGAGCUGAUAGCCCACCUAAUGGAUAAAAAUAAAUGAC